AUGUUUGACAAUAAUAGCAGCAACAACACAAUAACAGGAGGGGGUAAUUUUAAUAAUAGUAGUAGUAUCAAUAUAAAUAAUAGUAAUAAUAAUAAUAAUAAUAAUAAUGAUAGUAAUGAACUUCUUCCCCUUACUGAAUAUAAUGAUUACAGUAGAUCACCAACACCCCCAACUGUAUUAAAUAAUUCAUCUUUUUCAAAUAAUUUUAAUAUAAAUAAUAAUAAUAAUAAUAAUAUUAAUAAUAAUAAUAAUAAUAGUAUUGGAUAUAAGAAAGGAGAUGAUUCAUUUGGCUCUUUUUUAAAUUUUAAUAAUAAUAAUAAUUCUCAUGAUAAUAAUAAUAAUAAUAAUAACAAUAAUAAUAGUAAUAAUAAUAAUAAUAAUAAUAAUAAUAAUAAUAAUAAUAAUAAUAAUAAUAAUAAUAAUAAUAAUAAUAAUAAUAAUAAUAAUAAUAUUAAUAGUAAUAGUAAUUUUAAUAAUAAUAACUCAGAAACAAUAAAAAGAAGUAAAAGUACACCAUUUUUAAAUUUAAUGAAUUCACCAAACAUGUCAUCUACUACAACCUCAACUGUACAAAAUAAUAACAAUAAUAAUAAUAAUAAUAAUGGUAAUAGUAGCAAUAAAAUACCAAACAGAAUAUUUCAAUUUUAUUUACAACAACAAUAUCAACAACAACCAAUUAAUAAUAAUAAUAAUAAUAAUAAUAAUAAUAAUAAUAAUAAUAAUAAUAAUAAUGAUAAUGAUAAUGAUAAUAAUAUUGGAUCACCAAAUUUAUCACCUCAAACACCAACUCAAUACCCAAACAAUUUAGCUUCAUUAUAUGGUAAUCCAUAUUCUCCAAAUAGUAAUAAUAAUAAUAAUAAUAAUAACAAUACUAGCAACACUAACAAUGCUAUUACUACUACUACUAAUGCUACAGCUACUUCUACCACUGCUGCUACCACUACUAAUAGUAAUAAUAACAAUAACAAUAACAAUAAUAGCAACAACAACAAUAAUAAUAAUUCUAUUAAUAAUAAUAAUAAUAAUAAUAUUAAUAAUAAUAUAUCACAACAACAAAAAGAAGACUUUAUAAAUCAAAUUAAUUUCAUAUUGAAUGAAGUUGAUUCAUUAAAGAAAAAAGUAAGAGAAUUAGAGGAAGAACAAAGAUCAGAGGGUAGAAAUGCUUGGGGUUUGAAAUAUGCAAGAAGAGUGUUAAUCACUUCAAACUUUUUAUUGGGAAUUUGGGUUAGUAUCAGUAGAAUACUUAUGUAUAUUGGAAAACAAAAGAAAUCAAGAUUACUUCAUGUCGUCGUACCCUCUUUAGGUCAAAAAGAAUCUAGAAAUCAUAUUUCAUUAUUAUUAUUAGAAGCAAUUUCAAAUGCUGCUAGAAAGAGUUGGAUCUUUUUCAUCUCUUCUUUCUUAUUAUCAAGAAAUACCGCUUGGAAAAGACAAACAGGAUUAUUUUUUUGUACAAUCUAUUCACUAUAUUUAGCUUUCUUCCCUCAAUAUUUACCUUGGACAAAUUAUUUUAAUAUAUUCGCCUCACUUUUAUAUGUUACCGCUGCGUGGAGCACUGCAAGAAGUGGUUCAAGCUUUAGAGAAAUAUUUAAUUUAUUAUAA